AUGUUGGUGCUGGAAGCUCCAGGGGAUAACAGUGACAUUGCAUCAGGCAACUCAGUAGGACAAAAAACUUAUGACUGCAAAGAAGGUGGAAGAAUUCUGGCUGGUUCAGACACAGUCAGCAAUGGUGUUAUAAUAGAUAUAGGUGAUUUAAAAGUUGAAGAAGAUGCUGAAGAAAUAGAAGAAAGAAACACUGUAGAAGGAGAUGAAAAUAACAAAGGAGUGCAGACGGAUAGCCUGGUGCUUGCAGAAAUCAUUAGUUUUAGUAAUGGAGAUGGAGAAAAUGCUGAUGAACGCAACAAAAGUGCAGCAGAGGAUGGAGAUACUGUCCAUGCAGAUGAGACUAGUGAUGAUGAAAAAGCAAUACAUCAUUCUUCAGAGACUUUGAAAGGGCUUGAACUGAAUGGAGAACUGCGUGAUGGAACAUAUUCAAAUUCUUCUGUAAAGUCUAUGGAGGGGGAGACAUAUGAUGAUCAGCUGUUUAAAGUUUCAGAAGGCACUCAUAGAAAUCAAGUGAGUUCUUGUGCGAAGGAGGUUCCUGAUGGUGGUGUUUUAGGGUCAAAGGUCCACAAUUCCUUUGAUAGUGGGAUAAAGCAUGGGAAUAAGUCUGUCCGAACAGUCCAUGACAAUUCAACAAGCAUGACAUUGGGAAAUACUGACCUAUUUGUGCAGAAAAGGGCAGGACGUAGUAGUAAAAGGAACUCCAACAGAACCAGAAGUUCUGAGAAAAUGCAUAGCAGAUCAGGUGCAGCUGAAGUGGAUGGUUCAAGAGAGGCUUGUGAAGCUGUUUGUAGCAGCAAACUCGAAGGAUUGGCGCACAGAAUUGAAGAACUUGAAUCGGAGUUGAGAGAAGCAGCUGAGCUUGAGGUUGCACUUUAUUCAAUAGUUGCAGAACAUGGAAGUUCAAUACACAAGGUUCACACUCCAGCUCGCCGUCUUUCAAGGAUGUAUAUUCAUGCUUACAGGAACUGGUCUAAAGAAAAGAGGGCCAGUGCUGCAAGAAGUAUGGUUUCAGGACUAGUAUUGGUUGCCAAAGCAUGUGGAAAUGAUGUUGCAAGGUAA